AAGAAUGCUACUGGAAGGGCACGUGUGUCUUGUAGUCAAAUUAUUCAGCUCCUUCGCCAGACUUGUGUCCAGUUCUUAACAGUUCUCAGGAACAUGUCCUUUUUAUUGUUAUCAUUCAGCUUUUUUUGCUACUCCAUGUCAAUAUCAACAUGGUAUCUCUACUUGCCGGAAUUCUUAUACAAGAAUGGAGCGUCACUACAGGACUCGUCUCUUGCUGUUUCUGUUUCUGGAAUCGGAAGUAUGAUCUCGCGUAUUCUCGUAGGAUUUUCAGCGAACGAUACCUCAAUUGGCAGUGCUAUUUUUUACAACUGCUUACCAACUUUUGUUGCAACUUUAACCUUGUUUCUACCGUUGUUUAGUCUUUCAAGCAUAGGAAGAAUUAUGUUCGGAUUUCUUACUGGUCUUUACACAGGUGGGCAGUUGAUAUCGCUUCUCCCAAUUUUGCUAGACACUGUUGAUGUCAAGUUGUUUGCUGCAGGGAUGGGUAUCACAUCCUUAUCGUAUGGAAUAGGCACGCUUAUCGGACCCCCAAUAGCAGGACUGAUGUACGAGCAAAGUGGGCAGUACUUCACAGUUUUCAUAUUUUCAGCUGCGAUGCUGUUUCUGACAACUGCCACCGGGUUCUGUUCCACGCUGCUGAGACGGUCAACGGACAGCUGUGAACGUGGACGUGAAUCUGACAUCACAUCGACUGAAGCGCCCUCUGAAGCAGACCCUCUGGCAGACUUUGUCUCAUGUUAGCCAUAGCUGAUGAAGUUUAUGUUUUUUAACUUGGUCGGAAUAAGGAAUAUUGAGAAUUCCCUUCAUGUUCUACGUUCAUAGAGGUAGAGCAAGAAUACCCAGGAAACGUCGUUACAAACAAUAAAGAAGUUUGUAUCCAUAAAA